AUGCAUUUCCAAGAGCGGGGCUUCGCGUCACCCUCCUCCCAGUUCUUUCAGGGGCUGCUGCAGCUCUAUGGGCUGGAGCUGCAGCACCUGAAUCCGAAUGGGAUCCAGCAUAUUUCCGCCCCCCCUAUUUUCAGUCUCUUCCUGUACUUCUUCUCCGUCUCCCUCAUCAAGGCGAGGGUGGGGGAUGAACUUCAUCACGCCCCGAUUGGAUGCGCCACCGUCCACCUCCGAGGCGGCGGCGGCGGCAAGAGCACUCGAGCGGGCGAGUACAUGCUGAUCCCCCUCACUAAGGACAAUAAGGGGUGGUCUUCCUCGUGGUUCUAUGUCAAGAAUCACGGGGAGGCUCCUGCUAGUCACUUAAAAGUAGCUGGUACUCUCCAACCUUUACCCAUUCCAUCCUGGAAAUGGGAGGACAUCAGUAUGGAUUUUAUCGUUGGCCUACCCACUACUUCUCAUAAGCAUGAUUCUGUUUGGGUAAUCGUUGAUAGACUCACCAAGACUGCUCAUUUUAUUCCAGUACACACCACUUAUUCUGCCAAGAGGUACGCAGAGAUUUAUCUCGAUCAGAUUGUUCGUUUACAUGGAAUUCCAAAGACGAUUAUUUCUGAUCGUGGGCCUCAGUUUAUUGCACGUUUCUGGGAGCAAAUGCAAGAAUCCCUUGGAACAAAACUAAUUCGUAGUUCAGCUUAUCAUCCACAAACAGAUGGGCAAACUGAACGAAUCAAUCAAAUCCUUGAAGACAUGUUAAGGGCAUGUACUAUUCAAUAUGGCAAGAACUGGGUUAAAUGCCUAGCACUGGCAGAGUUUUCAUAUAAUAACAGUUAUCAAUCCAGCUUGCAAAUGGCACCAUUUGAAGCAUUAUACGGUCGAAGGUGUCGAACUCCUUUGAAUUGGUCACAAGCUGGAGAACGCAAAAUUUUUGGGCCAGAUUUAGUCUCUGAGGCAGAGGAGAAAGUCAAAGUUAUCCAAGUUAAUCUUAAAGCAGCUCAAUCAAGACAGAAAACUUAUGCAGACAAAAGAAGAGAUCCUUUACAAUUCGAGGUAGGGAACUUCGUAUAUUUGCGAGUAUCUCCUACUAAAGGUGUUCAACGCUUUGGCGUAAAAGGGAAAUUAGCACCCCGAUACAUCGGACCAUUUGAAAUUAUCGAAACUUGUGGACCCGUUGCCUACCGACUUCGUCUUCCAUCUCAGUUGGCUGCCAUUCAUGAUGUCUUUCAUGUAUCACAACUCCAGAAGUCUCCCCUGCCCGCCUUCUCCGGCCGAUUCCUGAUGGACAAACCGCCCGUGUGGGAGUAUGGCCCGGAAAAGGAGGAACAGGAGAAGCUCUCCGGCCUCCUAGACGCCAUUAGGAUUCUAAAGAGUCAGGGCUUGACUGGCGCCGGUGUGGUGGGCGCUUACCAUAAGCGGCGGGUUGCACCGAUAAUGGCGCGAGCGCUUCCGUUGGACGAGAUGAGGCUCGACGCGCUGGCGGAUGCGGUCGCGCGGACGGUGUUGGCGGUCGGCGAGAUCAGUGACGCUGAGAUCACCUUGCGGCUCCGGGAGGCCUUCAACAAGCCGUACCCCGUGUUCCCCAUCCCCAGCCAUCCGGUGAUGCGCCCGGAGGUGGGGUUCGUCCGAUUCGAUGGAUACGGCUUUCGCCUCUCCCGCGCUCCCUCACUUGGGGAUGCGGCCCGAUGGGCAAUGAACCACACCGCCGCCGAUAAGAAGAAGAGGAAGAAAGAUGACAAGCGGAAAUGGAAUAUUGCCCAGCAGACCCAUCGGGCAGAGCGCUAG